CUCUGUCAAAGCGUCAUGCGAACAUCCUCCCCUUGCCCUGUGGUCGGUCGAAUGGCAGUGGAGGACCCCUUGACACCCCUGAGAGUAAAACUAUUUAGGUACUGUAGCCAAAAAGGGACUUUUCCUUCCAUAGCAAGCCGGCUCUACGCGGCUAAAUAUACUACGAACCUCCACUGACCACGUCGAAUCGACGAAUCAUAAUGAAUGAAGAAAAUUCGGACUUUAUUGCUGACUUAUCGUACUUACGAGCCGCCAGCAAGCACAGGGUUGCGGGUUACCUUUCCUUCCCCGUUGGCCUCUCAGUUGUACUAGCUGAAAGGACUUGCUAGACAUCGUGGAAUCGUGGGUUCUUUUCAUUACAUAUCUCACAUCCUGUCGUGAAAUGUUGAUAUGGAGACUUGCCGAGACAGGACUAACACGAAAAAGUUCACAGAUCACGCCUUCAGGAAUCAGGUCCUUCAGUUCAAGCCUCUACCUAACAUCGAUCGGAGUUGCUUCCAGGAACGACUAAGGAACGAAAUAAGUACACCUAUAGCUUUGAAGGCGCUUAAACUUGUUGUCGUCCUACCACCAACAUGCUCGGACUUCACAGAUUGUAUACCCUUUUCCUGGCCACUGUCGCAUUGGGUGUCGCAGCGGCGACUACGGAGUCCAGUGAUGUACAACAACGUCCACCUGUAGUUCAACGUCCGGCUUUGACCGUACCUACUCUCAUUCAAAUCAGGGAUAUCCUCGCUCAACUCGAGGCUCCCAUCAUUAGUACUCUCACAGAACGUUUCAACCUUGCUACUCCCUCUUCUCUAUACGCCAACAACGGCUCAGAGCUUCUUGCAUACCUUGUUCCUCGCGAGUUAAUCGCAGCAGCCAGUGGACGAUACGACUAUGGAAAACUCGAAUACCCUUAUACUUUACCUCCGGUCUCACCUGACGUCACGACAAGGACCAAUUCUUUUGCGCCUGGGAGGUUCCAUCAGGAUACGUUCACGGGAAACAAGGAGCUGUUCGACUUUUAUGUUAAUCAUUUAGUGCCGUUGUUCAGCUCGCAGAGUUCUGUGUUCUUCCAUUUGGACAACUCUACCACAAAUCAUGACGCUACUUUCAACCUGGACGCUACCCUGUUGGAGUUGAUAUCUCACCGCUCACAUAUCGGCAAAGUGGUCGCUGAAUCCAAGUUCGCGUCAAACGUCACAGGGUUCACGUCCUUGAUCAAAUCCAAAGACGCCACUACCAUCCGCGCCCUACUCACGAAUACUACACAAGAAACUGGUGUCAUGGCCCAAGCGGCAACGGCUGCCACGGCUUUCUCCAACGCAUGGACGACUUCGGGUGCGGCGGAGACCAUCAGUUUCGUGGGCAGUUUGCAGAACGUGACUUCGAAGUUGUUCCGGGAGUUAAUCGAUGUGACGACGGACAUCGAGGUUCAAUAUAUCCUAGCAAGGCUUAAUUAAUAGCGGCACUUUUAGAGUAGACAUUCUACUGUAUCGUUGCUCUCUCGUUGACCGAAUCUCGUGUAGACAUCUUUUCGACGGCGUAUUCUGUCUUAAUUAUUCACGGGGUCCGUGUCUACCUGGCGCAUGGUCAUAAAAGCUUUUCAUCGGGGCUCAAGCGGACAACCACGUUGAACGAUGUUUGAAC